AUGGACAUCUGCCCCUAUGCGCACAAUCGCACCGAGCUUCGACAUGCCCCGGGGCUGAUGAAGACGAGGAUGUGCGACUUCCACAAGACCGGAACGUGCAUGGCCAAAGAUUUAUGCCGGUUUGCACAUCAGGUGGAAGAGUUGAGUCCCGCGGCGCGAGCCUUCUUGGAGUCUAGCGGCCUCAGUCCCGAAGAAGCCGAGUCAGUCCCGGUUGCGGGUAUAGCUGAGGUGAUGAAGCAGUCGAGUGACACCCGGCCGAGCUCUUCUCAGGGCAGCCGGCGUGGCAGCAUAGCAGGAGGAGCCGCGCCAGGCGCUGGGCCGGCACCAAGGCCGAGAAGGACAUCGGUGCCCGAGCCGGGGGUGAUGGCGAUGGAUCCACCCAGGACCCAGACCGGAGCCACCAACGAGUCAGAGGACAUGGCGUACAAGGUCUUGCAAGAUCUCCAGGCCCGGAGGGAAGGGAAAGGGGGCCUCUCCCGGUAA